AUGGCGGGACUGAAUGCCUCCAUCGGGUACUUUGUGUCUGUGGUGAUUUUUGCUGCCUCUGUGAGGGCUCUUCUUCAAAAAUGGCCUCGAUUCAGCUUCAUGUUGGAGUUUGUGUCCUCCUUCAUGCUGGUGGCAUGCCGGCUGGAGGUGCAAACCAUCGUGGAGGUGGGAGAGUGGGCUGGAGGUCUAGGUCCUGAUGUGACUGUGACCAUGCUGUUUGUGGUGCUGCUGACUCACGGCGUGGUCUGUGGGGGCGCAUCAGGAAACCCUGCCCUGGUGCUGCUUAAGUUCCUACAACUAGAAACCCCUGCCCUGUCUACCCUGCUGGCUGUGGCGGCUCAGUUCCUGGGGGCCUACCUGGGCCUACUGGUGGCCGUGUACUACUGGGGUCUGGAACUCACAGACAUGCACAUGAUCAAGAACCUGAUGGCGAGGGAGUGCAGCUCGUCUCUGCUGGUGUCAGUGCUGCAAGGCUUCUUCACAGAGGGUGUCUGCACACUCAUCCUCCUCCUCAUCUACCUAAGCCUUGGACGUAGAUCUUCUCUGAUCCGGAUCCCUCUGAUUGCUGUCCUCCUCACAUUCCUGUCCCACACAGGUGAGUUUCAGGUGAACCUGGCCACUGCUGCAGAAAAAAAUCAAUUACAAAGAAUCUGGUUGCUGACAAUGUGAGCAAGUUUUUGCUCAUGAACCAAAGUAAAUAGAAAUAGCUGAUGCUGAGUGUGCGUGUGGAAGCUACAGGAUUCAGUUUCAGUGCACCCCAACACUGAAAUCUGCCCUAAAGACUUUGACUGUGAGGACUAUUACUCAGUUUAAAUGGUUGACAAAAUCCCCCUGGCUUUUGAAGUUGCGUUCAUUGUUAAUAAUUUGGUACAGAAAGAUGAUGAAAUGCUAUGAAAGAGAGGAUGACAGGCUGCAGUUGGUAGUGUACUUGUUAUCUGGGGAUGGCUGUCACGCUCUUUACUUUAAAAUCACUAUUUCCAGAAGAGUUAAAGGAUAUAAUAAAACUCAUAUUUGACCCAAAAUAAAUGCAACCUGUCAAAUGUUGCAACUGAGAAAUUUAAAUAAUUCUGAAUGUGUUGGACAAAACCAAAAAACAGACUAUGACUAUGUAAUGAAAAUGGGCAUGGGCUUAAAAAUGUGUCCAAAGACCAUUGUCUGUAAACACGGCUCAACACUGCAUCCACAAAUUCAGGCUAAAACUAAACCAUGCAAAAAGGAAACCAUAAAGUACCAAAUCAAAAUCUACCAUUGGUUUGGAAAUUAUAGAUUCAGUAUCCUCCUUUCUAGGGCUCCAUUAAAGUUGAACAACGUAUACAGGUUUAGGAGCAACAUCUGCUGCCAUCAAGACAAUGACUUUUUCAGGGAAGACCUUCAUAUUGCAGCAAGACAAUGGCAAACCGCAUUCUGGUUGAUUAAAACAGCAUGGCUCUGUAGUAGAAGAGUCCUGCUGCUAAACUGGCCUGCCUGCAGUCCUGGCUUGUCACCUGUUGAAAAUGUCUGUCUCUUUAUGAAACAUAAUAUACAAUAAAAGAGAUUCCGAACCACUGACUGGCUAAAACCUAACAUCAGACUCUGAUGUGAAAACAUCUUACUUUCAAAAUAACAGCAGUUUGUCUCCUUGGAAAACUAAAGCCAGAACUCAUGUUGUACAUAUUUUAUAGCAAUUUGUUUCUUCCCACUUUUUUUCAGGGCAUACUUGACCCACACUAUAGAGUGUAACCUUCAUGUUUCCCUUUCUUUGCAGCCAGAGGAUACACCUCAGCUUACAUGAACCCAUCUCUGGCUUAUGGCCUCACCUUCUACUGCCCUGGAUUUACCUUCAUACAGUAUGCAGCAGUUUACUGGCUGGGUCCUCUCACAGGUAAACCAUGUUAGGAUGAUAUAUGCAGCUCUUUAACAGUGAGCUCUCUGUUUACACUAAUUGUCUGUUUUCCCAGGAAUGAUUCUGGCUUUGUUCCUCUACAUGGGUCACAUCCCCAGGAUUUUUGCAAGGAACCUUUUAUAUGAUCAGAAAACACGAUUUAAAGUGCCAAAAGGAGACAAAGGAAAUAAGAAGAAAAAGUGA